CCAGAAGUUAGACUCAUUCAUACUAGAGAAGGAGCUGUUCCCAGAGACGUGUUGCACUUCACUCAUUUGCAUCUGCUCAGUGGUGAAUUUUCACUCAAGUAAUGCACUGUGGAAGGACUUGAGCUAAGGACCAAGGACGCUAAGGACCAAGGUUGCCAGAAGCCCCACGUCAUGGACUUGGUGACAUCCUAACUAGUGCCUGCACACUGCUCCUAGACCACAAAAUGGUUUCCAUCACAACUGAAAAUGUUACACAGCUGCACAACAUGACUGCCCAGGAGCUCACAGGCAGUCCAGAAAAUUUCCACAAUAAUUCAGGAGUGCAUCAAAUAGAUCCAUAUGAAUGUGUUAGUGCAGAAGUAUGGAAAUGGCUACAGGAUUUUCAGCCUGGAUUUCUCUGGUUUAUAUUUAUUCUGGGAUCAAUAGAAAAUUCCUUUGUGCUCACUGUUCUGUGUUUCCACAAGAGUAGCUGCACAGUGGCUGAAAUUUACCUAGCAAACAUGGCAUUUGCUGACCUAAUGUUGGUCUGUACUUUACCCUUCUGGGCCAUUAAUAUUUCCAAUAAUUUUCAUUGGCCUUUUGGCCUGUUUCUCUGUAAAGCCAUCAACAUCAUGAGUUACAUGAACUUAUAUUCUAGCAUUUAUUUCCUGACACUAGUGAGCAUUGACCGCUACCUGGCCUUGGUGAAAACCAUGUCUCUUGGACGGAUGAGACGAACCGUCUGUGCCAAAUGGAAUUGUUUCAUAAUUUGGACAUGUGCAUUGCUCAUGUGUUCACCUACAAUGGUCUUUCGAAAUUUGCGUUAUUUUGAAGAGUAUAACGUCACAGCCUGUGUUCUUCUUUACCCAUCCAGUUACUGGGAGCCCACAAACAACUGCUUGCUGAAUAUUGUGGGGUUUGUGAUCCCAUUCUGUGUGAUUACCUAUUGCACUGUGCAAAUCAUCAAAGCCUUACGAAGCAGUGAGCUACGAAAAAUGAAGGUAGUCCACACAGAGAGAAGAGCCACGAUGCUGGUCCUUGCUGUGCUCCUGCUGUUCAUCAUUUGCUGGCUUCCCUUCCAGAUCAGCACACUCGUGGACACAAUCCGUUACUUCUCACCCACCCUCAAGUGCCUGGAAGACAUCAAUGACAUACUGACCCAGAUAGGAACGUACUGUUCCUUUAGCAACAGCUGCCUGAACCCAGUCUUGUAUGUGAUUGUUGGGAAAAACUUCCAGAAGAAGGCUGUGGAAUUCUACAAGGGCUUGUUCACAAAGAGGUGCAGAAAAUUACAGUCUGUGCAGAUGGAAAACUCCCUGGACACUUUAAGAACUUCCAUUUCAAGUGAAUACUCAAGGAAAAAGUCUGUUUUUUCAUUAUCCCGAUAGCAUAAUUUUAGGAAAUCCUUAAAGGAAGAAAGCCUUCUAACAUAUCAGUCUCUGCUCAUGUCCAUCUGCUACAGGUCCACAGAGUAAACACGUGGUAGUGUUCAUUACAUGAGGGAAAACAAUGGUUUGAUCUUAAUGGAAAUUCUGUAAAGAGACCUGCUUCUAAUGUUAUUGGAUGUUUUUCCUGAUUGAAUCCUAUUUUGUAGCUUACUUACAUUCUCAUGGCUGAAUGGCACUUGGCACAUGUAUCAUUUGGAAUGUUUUUCUAAGGCGUGCAUACAAUUCUCUGAACAGAGCCCCAGCACAGAAGCUAUUGUCAGGAUUGUGCAGCUAUGUAUGGUACCCAUAAUACUGUGUUAGAGAAGAUUUUUUAUCUGGGAGAUGCUUGUAUUUGAGUAAGUUCUGUUAAGUAGGAUG